AUGCAGGGCGCCCCCCCAGUGAGAGAAGACGCACGGACCAGGGAGACCGCGAGCAAGGCCAAGCAGCAGCCGAACGGGAGACGCAGAAGGAGCGGCCCCCACGGGCGCAGGCAGAGCACGCAAAGCGAGACGAGGAAAGCAAGCAGGCGCCAGCCCCCAGGGCUCGAGCCCCUCAGCACAGAGGAGCGACGCGGUACAGCCAACCGACGCCACAAGAGAGACCCAGAGGCGCAGAGCGGCACGCCAGGGCCAAAGACCGACACAGGGAGCCCAGGAGACAGCAAGCGGGGAAGCGCAGGUCAACCGCCAGUGAGAGAUAAGCAGCGGCGAGGAAGCACCUGGCCAGGGAAGCAGGGGAGGGCCGGAGCCAGGGCCGAAGGGAGCGGGCGGCCGGCAGCACGCCCGAACGGGGAAGGAGCAAGGCGGGAGGCGAGAGUGCAGGCCGGCGAAGGGUCCCGCCGUCGCCCCCCCCCCCCACCUGAUGGAGGAGGGCCGAGAGAGAGGAGAGAGAGAGGGCGGAGAGAGACGCAACGCAGCAGGCGCACCCACCGAGAACCCCCCUACCGCCAGAGAGGAGCCAACACCGGGAGCAGACCAGCCCCUAGACCGCCAGGAGAGAGAGAGCACGGCGGGAGAGAGAGGACCGAGAGGGGAGAGAGAGAGCACCCGAAGAGCAAGCCGAUCAGAACACGAAGAGAGAACACCGCCACAAGACGCGGAACAAGCCCAAGUCCAGCAGCAGCAGAGAGAGAGACGCAUACACAGACACCGAGAAGGAAGACGCGAGACCACGGAGGGAGAGGGAAGCCAAACGGGAGACGCGCAGCAGAAGACCCCCCCCCACGACCGCCAGCAAAGCACCCGCCGAGCAGGGAAGCACGACCCAAACGCACCAAGCCAACAGGAACGACACCAACCAAACCCACUACCCCAUCCCAGACCUUCACGUCACCACCACAGACCAGCGAGGCCCGACCCAGAGCGCUCUCUCACAUCUCUCGCCACCUUCAGGCGUCAUGUGGCAGUUUGGUGAAGGUCGUUAAAGGAGACAAAUGA